UCUUGUAGGCAGAACAACAGCAGCUGGAUCAGUUGGUUCCUCGGGAUCAAGGGCCACGAGCCCAUCGACUACAUUCAGGAGACGUUCAACCAGAUGGGCCUGGAGUACUUCACCGAGACACUGCAAGUGAUACUGAAUCCGGGGUUCGACAGUUCCUUGGACUGGGUCUUCGGCGAUGAGGAGAAGUGGUACGGCAUGAUCCACGCCCGAUACAUCAUGUCUGAACGAGGGUUGGAUAAUAUGCACCAAAAGUAUGAGAGAGGGGACUUCGAAGUGUGUCCAAAGCUCUCCUGUAUUCAGAAAGCCCUGCCUGUGGGCCCCAGCGACGUGUGGGUCAAGUCCAACGUGAAGUUCUUCUGCCCUCACUGUAACGAUACACAUCCUCACCAAAGACACUAG